UUCCGCAUAAUUGCUCUUUCCGCCUUAUAAACCAGCGGUCCUUUUUCUUUUCUUCGAAAACACUCCUCUAAGCCACCAAACACUUGCUAUGCCCGCUCCUCCCCGCGCACUGCUCAGCACGCCGUGCCCGUGAGACCAUGGACGCGAGCGCGGCCACCGCCAGGCGCAAGCGCAAGCGCCCCGACGCCGACAUCACCGGCGACGCCGACGCCGCCGCCGCCGCUGCCGCUGCCGCCGCCCCGGUCGCCGUCGACGAGGCCUCGGACGCCGAGGUCGAGGAGUUCUACGCCAUCCUGCGGCGCAUCCGCGACGCCUCCCGCCGGCUGUGCGGCGCCGGCGCCCGGCCCGCCCCGCGCGCGCCGGCGUGGCGGCCCAGCUUCUCCUGGGAGGACUUCGCGACCCCGGCCCCUGGCGCGCCGGCGCCUGAGACCCCGACCCCCACGCAGCAGGAGCCGGCGCAGCCGCGGCCCGACGAGCCUGUAGCCGUCGUCCGCGCUACCGCCCCGUCGCCGCGUGCCGGGCUGGACCUGAACGCGGAGCCGGAGCCGGAGGCGCCGGCCACCCCUCGCUCGGCGCGCGUCCAGGCGUAGCGUAGCGUAGCGCGCGGCGCAUCGUCACCUGCCUCCUGCACCGCGCCAGCCAAGGAGAGCCGUAGCGUGGGGCCGUUGGGCGUGCGCGUCAGCUCGGCUGCUGCUGGGAGGUGGCUGGCCCGGUGAGUCGGUGAUGUCAUGUCAGCCGAGAGCCGACGGUGGUCGCAAUCGUCCGCGGGCGGCACAGCACAGCACACACAGUGCGUACCUUCCCCUCGGUGAAUUACUGAUCCGAAUCCCCAUCAUGUAAUCGUAAUUUUUUUAGUGGCUCUCUUUGGUGCGCUGCUCCGUGUGGACAGGUGAGACUGGUUCGUUGCUUUGGUUGCAGGAAAAUACCUUUUAAUCGGAGCAGUUGAUGUACCGUCCGAAAAAAUGACGUGUUUAACUAUUCGUUGCGUUUUAUGUAU